CCCACUGUCACAUUUGGCACCUCGUGCGACUUCUAGAACACACUUAUCGUCGGGAAGCGCAUGCCAGUUCUGCGCAUUUCGUCUAGCAAGGUUCGUAUCACGCAAACGACUCGCGCAGUCAUAGCAUCGUGUCCGCUUUGACGAAAAGGCACCGUAUAGCAGAUGCCUUGCCUUGCCACGAAGAAAUUACCGCCACCUUCCGCGACCGCCUCGGUACAUCUGCAACACUGACACGUAUUGCCGCAACCACGGAGGACCCUAGCAAUGACCUUGCGCUUGCUCGCCAACCAAGAAGCGCAGGCUUUGACGCCGCUUCUGGACGACGAUGACGCCUCGUUAGCCGUGCUUCAAAUGGACAUAACCAGCUGCAUCUUCGCCAAACCCGACGAGCUGCUUGGCUGCAUACGGCGGUGCACGGAGUUGCGCUCGCUCCACUGCGUUGGGUGCCCACUAAAGGCGUGUGAUCUAUUGUCCCUGCUGCUUCACCAACUCCGCAAGCUGGAGCGACUUCACUUCUCGCUCGUAGCUCAGCACGACGUAGACAAGGAUGUCGCCAACGUGCGUAAUAUUGCUCAGGAGGCGCAGGGCGUCACAGCAUCCAGCAUCCGCAGCAUGUACGUCGAAGUGCGAGACAGCAGCAACUGCAUGCUCCUUAAGACGCUCUUGUCUUCCUGCCCCAACCUUUCCGAGCUGCACGUGCACUUUGUGAACGGGGACUUCUCGUACGCGCUCCUACAUUGCGUGGAAGUCCAAGAAACUCUGUCGCAGCUUAGCAACGUCACGUUCUCCUCCGAAGUUCCGGCGUCCUUGCACAUGGGUGUACCCGAUGCGUUGAACUUGCGAAGCUGCAUGCAAAUCUGCGCGAAUGUCAACUAUCGCAAGUCGGCGUCGGACACCUACAACUGCGCCAGACUCGUUGACCUCGCAUUCGCACGCGCCAGCGGCGACCUGCCCUCCCAGCUGGUCGUGGUCGCCGUUCACAAGGACGACCUUCUGGCAGAGCGUAUCCGCAUGGCCAGCCGAGCGCGCUCCUGGACAACGGUGCGUCAGCUCUGCCUCGUUCUGGUUCCGCCAGAGCCGAUUCAUGCGGAUUACCCGACGGUCGGCGCCAAGUACCACGCCUGCCUUCACGAGUUCUUUGUCGCAACAGUGAGCCACGUGGUCGAGCUGAACGUCAACUCGUUUCACUUCGGCGUCGGCCUUGACCUGACGCAGCUGAUACGGAACGCCGAGAUGAACUCCCUGCGGGCGCUCUCGGUGCCGCCUUGCGGGCUUAGCCACCCCUCCGCGCUGCGGCGUCUCGCCAGCAAGUGCCCCCGACUGGAGGAACUGGACGUUCGCCUGUAUCGGCGAGGACGCUUGUUCAGCUGCUCCGUUUGCGAGGGCCAGUUUUCCCUGAGCGCCAGCGACGUGGCUCUGCUGAACGCCGACGUGCCGUACACGCGUCGCUGGCUGUGCCGGCUUACCCUCAGUGACUUGCCGAGUCUUGCGUCUCUGCGCUUUCUCGAACGCUGCAAGGUGGCGGAGCUACGCCUCGUCAACUGUCCUGAGACAUUGCGCGAGGAAUACGCGAUGUUGGGACAGUUCCUUGCUGAUAACAAUCACCUCCGCUACCUGCUGCUUCAGCAGCCCUGGCUGCCAUUCGGCGAGAAGUCUUUCCUGCCUAACCUGUACCACCUGCGAGGUCUCCACUACUUGUGUCUUCUCACGGAGGCUUCCGUAUCGGAUGAAAAGGCGACGUUCUUCCUGAACUGUUUGGACUGCCUCUUGCCGCGCCUGAAAGUUGCUCACGUCCACUACCGGCGCCCAGCAAAUGGCGCUCAGCAGCGGGUCACCUGGAUGAGAACAGCUUCAAAAGGGGGACGCGGAGUCGUGCUCCACGAUCGGCCUUGCGUGCUGUGUUCCACGGUGACGUUCAUAGGGCUCGCCAAGCCGCAGAGACACCACUUCAGUGCUGCCUCCUAUAGCGUGUAGCGCCGACUGCACUUUCAGGAUUGCCCAUCAUUUCACGCAUCCAGACUACAAACUGUUUUGUUUUUCGCCACCUCAUUCAACCAUUGUUAGAAGCAUGGCUAUACUUUAUUACUCAAGCGUGGGUUACUUAGGCCCCAAUGAAUCGGCCAGCAAUCUAAGAGGAAGUGAUGCUGCAAGCACACGGAAGUCUGCAGGAAUGUGGCAUCAAAGGCAAUGAACGCCCAUCGUUUAGCAUAACCGCUUGUAUAGCGCCGUUAAGUUUGCCCGUUGCGAAAAGCUAACGGCAGAAUAACUCGGAAUUGUGAACGUGAACACUGCAAACUUGCGUCAAUCUAACGAUUAAGGCAUGCAACAGCGCCCAACGGUACUCAGUGCAUUAGCCUAUUUUCCGAGUCGCUGCUUCUCGUAACGUCAUUUUAAAGUCCCAUCGCGUGCGUGUCCACAUCAAAGCAUUUACUAAGACUGUGUACACGUGUAUUUUAGCUUAGACGAUUGAGUGCCGAGGAUGGCUUUUGACAAGAACCGUGAGUGCAGCAGUGUGUUGCGCUCUCGCGUUGUGCAGUUCCUAGCAUGUGGAAGUGCGGCAUGUUCAACCCUCGCUAAAUUCAGGCUCUUUCAGUUAACGUUUUUCAACAAAGGCUUUUUUUUACUGCUAAAGAGAAGAUCUCUCUAGAAUGUUAGAUUCAUUACACACAAUCAUCUCGGUGUUCUGUAUCAACGUCCUUCUACAGCGCACAUUUCUCAGAUUUUUAAACGUGGGAAAGUUUUCUAAGCUACUGUGGUUACCCGACUUCUAUUUCCCUCAGUUGACAUGUUUCGCGCGCUUUUUUAUUUGCUGUCAUUCUUGUGCACUCAAGUUUUCAUUUUUGACGAUAGUGCUUGUUUCCGUUCGUACCACUGAUAAACUAUUAGCAAUAUUAUUCUACAGGCCUAGUAGCCACAUCGUGUGAUAACGCAAUGACAAGGAAAAUAGUUUUACUCGAUGAGUUGUGCACUUACCUUUUACUUCCCACUUAGUAAAUGCAAUAAAAUGAUUUCCUCUGGA